AUGCCGCCGAAGAAGGAGAAGCCCGCCGCUGGCAAGAAGCCGUCUGCCGCCAAGAUGGUGGAGGACAGGACUUUUGGCAUGAAAAACAAGAAGGGGGCGCAGGCGCAGAGACAGAUUCAGCAGAUGACGGCCAACCUGAAGGCCAGUGGCAGCGCCGAAGACAGACGGAAGGCCGCCGAAAAGGCUCAGCGUGAGAAGGAGAAGAAGGCGGCAGAGGAUGCCAAGAGAGAGACCGAGGCUCUCUUGAACAAGCCCGCCCAGAUUCAAAAGGUGCCCUUUGGCGUGGAUCCCAAGACGGUCGUCUGUAUCUUUUACAAGAAAGGCGAUUGCGAAAAGGGAAAAAAGUGCAAGUUUUCUCACGACUUGAGCAUGGAGAGAAAGACGGAGAAGAAGAACCUAUACACCGAUGUCAGGCAGGAGGAGGAUGAGAAGAAGAAGCAGGAGACUUCUGCUGACUGGACAGAGGAGCAGCUGCUCAAGGUCGUGCUGUCGAAGAAGGGCAACCAGAAGACGACAACCGACAAAGUGUGCAAGUAUUUCAUUCAGGCCAUUGAGGACGGCAAGUAUGGUUGGUUUUGGAUCUGUCCGAAUGGUGGCGAUAAGUGCAUGUAUAAGCAUGCUCUCCCUCCUGGAUUUGUGCUCAAGACGAAAGAACAGAGAGCAGCGGAGAAGGCGCUGCUUGAUAAAUCACCGCUCAAGACUCUGACUCUCGAGGAUUUCCUGGAAUCAGAGCGCCACAAGCUUACAGGAAACCUGACGCCCGUCACUCCGGAGACCUUUGCCAAGUGGAAGAAGGAACGCUUGGAUAAGAAGGCCGCUGAGGAGCAGGCUCGCAAGGCCAAGGACAACACUGGCCGUGCUCUCUUUGAGAGCGGCAAAUGGAAGGACGUUGAUUCUGAGGCGGAGAGCGAAGAUGAGGAUGACGAUACCUGGAACCUCGAGAAGCUUCGUCGCGAGACCGAGGCUCUCCGGGUGAAGAAGGAGGAAGAGCGACUGGCAUUGCUGCACGGCGGACAGACGCCAACGGGUACGCCAGAUGCGCCAGAGGAAGAAGGUGGGAGCAAUGGGGCCAACGGGGAUGCUACCGGGACUGCGGAAGAACCAUCAGUUGCACAGACGAGCCAAGAAGUACCGGCGUCUUGA